GCAAUUAUGAAAAUAAUGUCAAAACAAAUCACUGUCGAAAUAAUAAUUGUUUUGGUGUAAAAAAACAUGUAAACAGGAGGAAUGUCGGAGUUGCAGGCCACACUGGAGUUCUCUGUUGAGUUGAAUAAGUUCUACAAUGUUGACCUGUUCCAGAGAGGGUUCUAUCAGAUACGUACUGCAUUGAGAACUCCACCUAAAGUGCCAUCUAAGAUUGAGAUUACUCUGCAGAAAUCACAAGGUGAAGACAACGAAAUACCUGCACAUGUGAUAAAUGACUGGGCUGUUAGUCGGACAUUCCAGAUACUGUAUCGUAGUGAAGAUAUUGCAAUCAAUGAUGUCAUCCUGUAUAGAUUCCAUACUCUAGUCAACAGUGCACAUCUGGAAGAGGAGAUAUCAAAGUUGGAGAUACAGCUUAUGGUGGAGCUAUGGUUCUCAGAGGAGCAGAAUGGUUCAGCAGCAGUGCUUGCCAAGGCUGAAGUUGCUAGUCAGAGACAGUUAAACCUACAUAUCAACCCAACAAAAGGCUUACACCAUCAUGUACCCUUGUUGUUUGACUACUUCCACCUGUGCUGUGUAGAGCUCACUGUCCAUGGUACACUAAUUGCCAUCCAUCAACCAUUUCUCAGUGUACCAAAGCAGCCAAAGACAGCAUGGUCAAGUAGAAAUCCAGAGUUAUCUACUAUAGAAACAGUUUACUUUGGUGAUAGGCCAAUCUCUAGUGAUCCAGAGAGAUGUCUACCCAUGAAUUUACACGCAGCAUGGCAGAUGCACCAUCGGAUAUGUAACUUACUGUUGUCAGCAUAUGAAAGUCUUCAGACAACCUUUGAGUAUUACCUUAGUGAUAUUUGUGGAUCUCAGUCGAAACUUGAACAUAUAGACUGCCAUCAAAAACUACAGAAAAUCAUGGACAGUAUUAGACUGAUAGACAAUGAAGAGGAUCUGAUACAGAAUGGAACAAGGGACAUAACCCAGUUAUGUGCAGCUAAUGUGAUAUUAUGGACCCAGUUUUUAGAGACAGUUACUCUAGAUCAGGGCAUUAUUUUCCAUUUAGCAAAAGAACACCAUAGUAUACGGGUGAAGAGACUAGCUGAAGGAUUUUUUAUGCAUGAAUAUCCAAAAAAUGAAUGUUUGUCUUGCUAUGAACCUAGUUACCAUGGACACAGUGACCUGGCUGCUAUGGUGCGUAGUUCCAUGUAUCUGCAGAUGUUGCCACCACUUGACCUGGAAUGUUUAGAUCUAGAUGGUGACUACACCUCCCUUCCUGUGAUAUUUGAGGACAUCUAUUUUGAUCAGGCUUCUGGUUUAGAUGAUAAUAAAAGCUCAAGGGCUGGAUCACUUUCUCCAAAUUUCACUCAAAAACAUUCUCCAGAAAUGAGGCAUAAACAGAAGCGAAAUUUUAUUAAAAACAUUCGACCUGAUACUUUUAAACGUCCAUCAUCUUUCAAUUUGAAGGAGGCAGAAGAGGCUGCAUCCAGGACAAGAGGGCCUAAAGAUGUCACUCUUGUCGGAUAUAGGAAAACUGUUGCAUCCCCAAAUGUACAUAGUAGAAUGAUCCAGAAUGAGUGUGAACUCGGUACUUUUAGUCCAGUGCCAUCGUCUUCCAGCACGCCACAAGUGCCUAGCUCAAUGUCUUAUUCAGUGUCAUUGCCAGUGUUAGAUAGAUCGGAAUGGAGUCGAAAUAGUGAUGGAACUUUGCCAGAGUAUAUGCAAGUUGCUCGAAGAUCCUUGCGUGCUAAAAAGAGACAACGAAAUAAGAAAUCCUCUUUAAUUACGGUAGAUUUUGUAGGUGGAUCUGAUCCAGACGUCCGUGUUAAUGACAAUUCUGAAGAGUCAGAAGUUCCAAGGAGGUUAAAACGAGCUUUAACAGAUCCUGUUAGACAUUCAAGUAGUGUAAGAAGUAAAGCAGGUGAUACUGAUGAAGUUAUAUGUACAACUAGUGAAAUAACUGAUGGAAUUGGAGCUAAAAGUAAUAGAACAGAUAGUGAUAAAGAUUUAGUUGAAUCUCAUAUAGCAGGCAAAGAAAAGGAAAAGCAUGAUGAGCCAGAUUCUGUGAAAAAACAACUAAACUUCCAAGAAGAUAUGUACAAAAAUUUAUCAUAUUGCCUGACUCAGGCUCUUGGAGAAGAUGGAUUACAUGACAGUGAUAAAAGUGAUGAUGAAACUUGUGUACAAAAUGGGUAUGAUGAAUUUUUGGAGGAAGAACUUAGACAAAGAGCACAGCAUUCUGGCCAAGAAGGUCAUGAAGAUCAUAUUAGUUCUGAAACAACUCACGAAGAUCGAACUUUGGAAGUUGAAAAAAGUAAAGAAAAUUCUAGUUCUGCAGAGGAAAGUAUUAAUUCUUCAAGUCAACAUUCUGGUCUUACUGUGAGGGAUAUUCUCAAAAAUAACGUUUUGCAAUUGACUUCACCAGGUGCUAGAUCUGACACAAGAAGUCAGGGAGAAUCUCAAGUGACUUUAAAUGGGGAUCCUGAUGCUCAUUUAGACAUACUUAGUAUUAGUGAAGUUAAUAUAGCUAAGGGUAACGCAGAGUCACGAGAGGGUUCAUUUAGUGGGUCAAGUAGACAGUCUAUUGCAAGGGCUGAUUUGACUGGUACCACUGAUUCAGGUUUGGCAUUGACUGGUUCCCAGACAACUCUUACUUCAAAGAAUAGCUCAACUGUGGAAAUAAUAUCUGAACAUGACCAGAGUAUAGAGAAUGAGACUGAAGUCACAGUUAUUGAACUUUUAAGAGAAGAAUAUAAAAGAACACCAGCAAUAAGUGGUCCUGAUUUAGAUAAAAGUAUGUCGGAUUUCAGUGAUUCAGGGGUUUCUGUAAUGUCCCAUAAAAAUCAGAAGGCAUCAAGUGAUUCAAACUUACUUCAGUCAGUAGAGACAUUAGAGAUAUCCCACAGUUUGGAGGUGAGGAAAUCACCAGAUGUUAUGGUGACUUCAGCAUCAUUUCCAGACAUUACAAAACUAGCUGAGACAGUGAAAGAACGACCCAAGCUUGUUGAUAAAGUGGGUCGCAGUACAGUCAAUUUUAUAACCAUGAGGGAAAAUCUGAAAUCAAGAAUGAAGUACCAAGGACAUCUUUACAGCUUAAUUGAAGAAGGCGAAUGUCCAACAUUGGCAUCACAGAUUCCAUAUUUCCAUGUUCCAGACAGUACAGAGGAUGAAAAUCAGGAUGGUUGCCACCUUAUUGUCUGUGUACAUGGACUUGAUGGAAACAGUGCUGAUUUACGCUUAGUGAAAACAUACAUGGAAAUGGCAUUACCUGGGUACAGAUUGGAGUAUCUGAUGUCAGAAAGAAAUCAGACAGACACGUUUGCUGACUUUGAGGUCAUGACGCAGCGAUUGGUUAAUGAAGUUUUACAUCAUAUAGAGAUGUAUUCUCUAAAAGUUGCAAAGCUCAGUUUCAUUGGUCAUUCCCUAGGAACCAUCAUUAUUAGAUCAGCACUGACAAAUGUAGAGAUGAUCCCGCUGCUACCUAAACUAUAUACCUUCCUGUCGCUGUCUGGACCACACCUUGGCACACUCUACAACAAUAGCGGGCUUGUCAAUAUGGGUAUGUGGUUUAUGCAGAAAUGGAAGAAGUCUGGUUCUCUGCUUCAGCUGUCCCUUAAAGAUGGUGUAGAUCCUAGACAGUCAUUUCUGUUCAAACUCAGCCAGAAACCAGGUCUGGAGUUUUUCCGUCAUGUCCUACUUGUGGGAUCGUCUCAGGAUAGAUAUGUCCCAUAUCAUUCCUCCAGGAUAGAGAUGUGUAAAGCAGCUCAAAGAGAGAGUAGUGGAUUAGGGUCUGUUUAUGCUGAAAUGGUUGCAAACAUUUUACAGCCAAUAGUGAACAAUCCAAAGUGUAAACUGAUACGCUAUGACGUGUUCCAUGCCUUACCUAGUACAGCCAACACUAUUAUAGGCAGAGCUGCUCAUAUAGCCGUCCUCGACUCUGAAAUCUUCAUAGAGAAAUUCCUCAUGGUCUGUGGACUGAAGUAUUUUAAGUGAAUUCCUGGGAAUGUGCUUGAUUUACUCCCAUAUAUUUAUCUGGAACCAUCGACAUCAUGCUCCAUUUCUUAAAUUGGGUGUGCAGUGAUGAUAAAAAUUAUCCUUAACAAAUUCAGGGAUCGUCCACAGAAGAAAUGCAACAAGUCUAUCUGUCAGUGAAAAAAUCAAGUUGUUUGCUGAUUGUUUGAUAGGAGUGAUCACCCUGACGUCACGCAUCAACACCUGUUUAUCUGGUGGUGGGUAAAACAAAAUAGUUUUACAUCGUUUGUGUAUGGGAUCGGAAUUUUCAAUUUUUAACAACUUCUUCGUUCAUUUAUGGAUUUUAAAAAUUCAAAAAGUUUUGAAAUGCUUACGAUUUUCAUAUUUUCUUAUUCAAAUAUCUUUUGAAAAUGAAUAACCGUUUUAAAUGACAUAUGACUUUAAUAGCGGCGUAGCGAUGCUCCAAACUUUUAGAAAAAACACUGUAAGUUAAGCGUUCAUAAUUAAUCCAUUUUAUUUCGAAAUAAUGAUUAAAAGUUAUCAAUAAAUUGCUUGUUUUAUAUUCUUUCCAUUGAAAAAAAAAAUUAUUGAUAUUAUUUGUAUUUUAAGAAAGUUUAAGCCAUUAGAAAAACAUCACUGUUAACAAAAAAACAUGGACGCUCGGCGUCUGCCCACCCGAUCUUUGUCUUAUCAGUUCUAAAAAUAGAAUAUACAACAGAUUUGUGUACAAACACGAUCUCUCCUAUAGGCAUCCUGAAUAAUGUAUAGACUGGCUUAUGUAAGUGCAGACAUUAUUUAGCAGUUUUCUUAGCAGCCUCAUUUGUGGCAUUAAGAAUAAACAAAAUGUGUUUGUGUUUUAGGACAUGAUACAGAUAAGUAUUCACAAAUGCUUUGAAUUCACUAGUGGCAUUAUUUACAAGUAUUUGUGGAAUAUUGACCAAUCAACAAUAGUGAUAUGAAGUAGGAUCUAGAUGGGGUUUACUGGUGAAGGUACUAGACCCAUGUAAACUAAGACAUACAGUUAACAUGCUAGGUCAAGUAGUAUCUAGUUUGAUGUAUCAUUGCAUGGUUACGGUAGUAGAUAUAUGAACAUUUGUUAAUAAACUUAUAUUCAGAUAACUUAACAUUGGUUGUGGAAAUAAGUUUUGUUAAAGGAAUAGUAACUAAACAGAUUCAGAUCUUGUGUCAGUUAUCAGUAUUUAUUUGCUAUUCUCCGUAUCGACAUUAUAGAAUAAAUCCCGUCCUCCGGUAUUUCCAUAAAAGGGACGGUGGGGGUUGGCGAGAUUAACUUAAAUAGCGACAGUGUACAAUAUUAGCGAUUAUUUUUGCCAGAAGAUGAGCAUUAAGGAUAAUUCUUACUUUCUCACAAUGAAUAUACUAUUUUACGACCUCGACAACAAAAUUUUUAUACAAAUAAUUUGUUUACCUUGAAUAAUGCGAAUAAUUUCACACCACCACUAUCAAGCUACGGAAGUGACACCGUAGAAUAAAAGGUAAGAUUUCAAAAAUAAAGUAAGCUUUUGGGAUAUUUUUGCUGCAUCUUAAUUACAGCAAUGUUUUAUGAUAAUCUGCAAUACUUUUUUUAAUUUUCUUUGUUUAAACCUUGAAAAAAGGAUGAUACUAAACACUACCGCUAUCUAGCGUAAUGGCUGAUACCCCUCCCCCCUCACUGUAAAACCGGAAACGGGUAUUUAGUGGUGGCUAAUACUGGAAAACGGGAUUUAUCCUAUAAUGUCAAUAAGGUCAAUAGUAAAAUUACUUUUUAGUAUCAUGAUAAAGAUUAUAGUUUGAUGCUAAAUCUGUUCAUACCUGGAGAAGUAACAAAAUAAAUGGAAAUCUGCAUGAAAUGUGUAUAAUUACUUAUGCAGAGUGUUGGAUGAUUUUAUGUAAGAGAAUGCUUUUGAAAACGAACACUUGCUCCUUUUGAAGCAUAGACAAUAAUAAAAAUCAUACAUUUGCAAGUUUAUGUAAUGUUUAUGUGGCAAAAAAUAGUAAGAAAAUUUUAUGGAGUUAACUUUACGUACACCUAAAAUCUGAAAUUAAAUUUGUUUUAAAUGUCAGAAUUUUGGUAAGAUAAAUGGAAUAUGCUAGCGUACAGUAUUCAGAUUUGAAUGAAAUCCAAAUAUAUGUAAAUGUUUAUGUAAGUACAAAUUUAUCCCAGGUAAAUGAAAGGAUUGUUUUGUUUGAUAUAUAUUGAUCUGCUGUAUUACAACUGUUUUAUCAUCAUUGAUAUAUGGGAAAUAAGUGUAAUUUUUAAAAUCUUUUAAAAUAGGUUAUGUUUUAUUACCAGAAAUAACAUACAUAAUUAUAGGGUUUGUACUUGUAUUGAAUGUGUUGAAAGUCUAUAGUAGCUUGUGGCUUAAUGAUGUUUGUUUAAACUUUUCUUUGGUAAAUAUAAGAUGCAGUAAAAUGUUGUUGUUUUUUUGUUAUAUACAAAAUAACAAGGAAUUAGCUUUUUCUUGGAAGGACAGGUAAUAUGUUAGUAUAUGUGAUGUACAUUUCCGGCAGUUAGAAUUAAUUCUGUGUGUAACUAUAGAAAAUUCUGGAGCAAGUUGAUCUGAUGGGUGGCUAUAUUGAUGGUGUUAUCUUUUUGAAUGUCUUUCAGUCAAUUAUUUUAUUGCUAAUGUUUCCAAGUCUGUCUCUCUUCUUCCAUGUCAUUUGUUUUGUUUUUGACAAAUUAUUUUACCACAUGUCAGAAAGUAGUCGCAGUGUUAGUACGACCUUGUGGUGAAAGGUCAUGACCUUGAUACCACAGCAAGUAGGUCAUGGCCUUUUGUUGCCAUGAGGUUUAUGGGGGAUAAUGAUGAAAUAUAUUGUUGUUAUAGGAUUUGUUGUUCUGUAUCAGUUUUCUCAUAUGGGUAAGUCCAUACCAAAUUGAAUCUGUGGCAUUCUUGAAAAGGAACUUCAUCGGCUGUUUGGUCGAAAAACCAGUACUUCUUUAAAUGUAAUGGGGCUGUAUUGGAGUCACGCAUGUUCAAUGGUCAGUUCUUCAGUUUUGUCUGUUCCAUAUCUUCUUUACUGCUGUGAAACCUUGCAUCAUUUGUUAACCUGUCCAAGACAAUCAGAGUGCACAACCCAGGUCACUAUGUCCAAAGACAAGAAGCUAUACAUUGUGUCCACUCUAUAUCGUCUAAUCUGCUUUGAAGUUUUUGAUAUAACUAGAAUCAGUUAUUCUUUACUUCAUUAAGAUGACAUACAGAACACAUGGGCCACUAAGUUCAAG